AUGCAUGUUGAUUUUGAAACAAAUAUUAAUCAACCCAAAGAGGGGCAUUUUCCGAUGAAUUUAGACAAGUCGCGUUUAAAUAUUUCUGUUCGUCUCUUUUCUGAAGAUAAUAAAGAAUUAAGUAAUGCUCCAAUUGUGUUGGAACAACUUUAUUAUAGCCUUUUGGAUAUCGACUUGGAAGAAGAACAACCACCAGUUCAUUUUCGUGUAGCGGAGAGGUCGGAAGAUGGGGGUUGGAUAGAUAUUGUCGAUACUUUGGGUGUUUCUCUUCCCUCUGAAUGUUUAGUUACUGAAAAGCCUAUUGAAUUGUUUUGUCUGCCUCAGGCUGUAUUUCGCGUCAGGCCUGUUACAAGAUGCGCUGCUUCAUUGCCUGGUCAUGGUGAACCUUUAAUCAGUGUAAAAUUCAGUCCAAAUGGGUCAACACUUGCUUCUGGUUCUGGCGACAAAACUCAAACACUUACCGGUCACCAACAUUGGGUAUUAUGUAUUGCUUGGUCACAUGAUGGAAAUAAAGUUGCAUCAGCUUGUAAACAAGGAAUAAUUCUUAUUUGGGAAUAUGACAGUGAUACCAACAAAUUUCGAUUAUUCAAAAAGUUGACAGGUCAUAAGCAAUGGAUCAAUGCACUUGUGUGGCGUCCUCUUCAUCUUGAAGCCCCUUCUAGAUUGUUAGCAAGUGCAGGUCGAGAUGCGUCGAUUCGUAUUUGGGAUGUAAUUAAAUCACAAACUUUAUUCGUGCUUAGCGGUCACACUGCUUCUGUAACAGAUAUUCGAUGGAGUGGAAAUGAUUUAAUAUAUUCUGGGUCACAGGAUAGAACAAUAAAAGUUUGGAGAACGAAUGAUGGUGUAUUGUGUCGAACACUUGAAGGCCAUGCUCAUUGGAUAAAUACUUUAGCUUCAAAUGUUGAUUAUGUUUUACGUAUUGGAUCAUUUUCCCCCGAAGAGGAUAGUAAACAAAAACAAAUAUCAAUUUCAAACACUCAGCCUCUGGAAGUUUGUAAAUUUUUUUGA